GGGCCUAGAGUGUACACCAGCAGCCAAGACUAUUUCAAAACUGGUUCAACCAAGCUGUACAAGAAUAUGUUUUCCUUAGUGAAUCUAAUGUCAUUCUCCACUAACGAUCCAUCAACAGGCGAAUGUGGUGCAGUGUGGCAGAUCGUCAUGCCCUCUGACGCAGAUAGAUUUUCACAUUUUCUUUGUGGGACCAAGGGCCUCACAAAGCAAUAUCCAAAUCUGGUACAUCUUCAGCGAUAUUUCCUGAAUGGUGACAUGUUAUCAGAACUGCGCAGCAAAUUCGGCAUAUGGCCCUUCAGGAUUGAGCAGAAUUUGAGACACACGGUUCUGGUUCCUCCUGGAGCUCUAUAUCAGGUACGCGAGUUGUGA